CGCGCAAAAGACAGAACCGAGUUGUCGUUACAUUCGUGACAUGCGGCAUGUAGAGCUAGAGGUCGAAGUUAGCCUGGUAAACAAUCCAGAGUUGGAUUCUGUCUCGUGUCGAUUAGGUAGCACAUGUCAGCGCAGUAGCAAUGGCAUCGUUUCGAUGCAUGGCACUCACGCCAAACUUGAGGAUUAUAGUUAAGAGUUGCUCACCAGGUUUCGCGAACAAUCUUCCUAAGCUUCUGGACUUUAGAGUUUGUGCAGUAGUUCCAAGUACUGUGAACAAUCAAUCCAUUUCUUCAAGAAACUUAUCAACGGGGCCAUUGUUGCACUCAAGUUUUCUACAUGACAAUCAAAUCUUGUAUUCCCCUUUCACUAAACCGUCAGUCCCAGAAACUUUCUCUGCUGGUGUGAGAGAUUUCAGCACCAGUCAAAAGUUGGUUGCCAGUGAUAAAGUAACAGAUGACAAUAAAAGCCAGACUGAAGGGGAGGGAAAAGAUGACAGUACAUUAACAGUUUUCCAGAGAUUCAAGAAAACAUACAGAGAGCAUGGGAAGAUCCUAAUUGGCGUGCACUGUGUGACUUCCGUGGUCUGGUUUGGAUCCUUCUACAUGGCGGCAGUCAGUGGUGUAGAUAUUGUGCCUCUGAUGGAACAGCUUGGACUGAGUGAGACUCUUAUUAAACCCUUCCGUGCGGGGGGCCUUGGGUUCGUGGCCUUGGCCUACCUGAUGUACAAGCUUGCCACACCUGCCCGUUACACGGUUACACUUGGGGGGACCAACAUGUUCAUACGCUACAUGCGUCGUUCAGGAAAAAUGGAUCCCAUCCCAGAAGGCGAAAAGAUCAGGAAUCUGUAUAAAGCUGGCAAAGUGGAACUCAAAGAUCGUCAUUUGUUAUUCAGAGAAAGACGGGGUGUCAUAAUUAGGAAUCGGAAAUUAUCUCGACAGAAAGAUUCGUGAUAUUCAUGGAAAGAUGUGUAGUCUUGGUUAAAAUUAACAUUAUCUUUCCUGCAGAACACAUUAUCAGUACAUUGCCACAAUUGUUGGUAGCUUCCUUAUCUGUCAUAGAUAAUAUUUUGCAUGAGCUCCUACCUAUACAGAUUUUUCAUUUUUAUCAGGAAAGCAUAACAGAAAAUGUUAAUACAGUAUAAUCUAUUUAAACCAGAUUUGUGAAUUAAGGAGUGUCAUUUAGACAAUAUAUUGUCUUUUUUCGCAGUUUCAGUCCAGAAUCUGAAAUGAAGGUGGUCCAGAUUAGUCAGGUUAACUUGAUGAUGAAUUAACAUCAUAAAUUCAUGGUUGUUAAGUUAUUGACAGAAGUUUGUAUUAGUAAGUCUGGUUUCGACAGAUUUUCCUGUAUACAGAAUUAAUUUGUUUAAGGUGUGUCAUGACUUUUUCCGCAGAGCUUUAUCCAUAGCCAUGCAAGUUGUUGGUUGUAGGUCAUAUAAACUCCAAAAUAAUUAUGAGCAGUGUAAAAUUGCUUUCCUUGUCUGAUAAAUAAUUUAAGCAACUGACAGUAUCUGGUUUUUCUCUUUUAUCAUCACCUAUAUCAUUUCCAGAUUAUCACCAGUAUAUGUUGAAUUUUCUUUCAUGUAUCGAAUAUAUCUUAUAAAAGCAAUACCCCAAAUUGCUGUAACCAAUAUGAGUAAUUUAACAAGGCUGAUUAAGAAGUUGAUGUUUCGCAUAAGUAUAUCAACUUUCUAAUUAAUAACAUUCAUUAAUGACAGCCAUGACAAUGGAUAUAAUGUUGAUAAUCACUGAACAAACUGUAUGUUGACAAUUUUAGCCAUUGUAUAACCUUUACACCUGCUUGUUCAAAUGAUCACAGAUAAACAACUUAGGAUCAUUGUUCAAAAGAAAAUCACCUUCACAUCAACAUUUACCCGUAAAGUAAUCAGUGAUUUGUAAUUUUAUUUGUUACAUAUUAUUUUUGGGGAGAGGUGAGAUAAUCCAUGCAUUGUAAUCAUGCUUGCAUGUGGCAGUAAGUAUGGUAUAUAUGGUAUAUCAACCUGUGAACAGGUCAUGCUGGAAGGAAGCUGUAGCACUAGGCAGUGUGUUUGUUCAGCUGUUG